CAAGAUUUACUGCGCGAAAGUGUCGGUAUAAAAGGCCCAUCCGCAAUCUCAGCCGCUCUAUCCACUCCACCAACUCACCGCUGACGGAUCUGUUGUGUGCGAGACAAGAUGAACAAGUUACUCAUACUCCUGCUGGGGGUCUGCCUCACGCAGGCGACCCUAAGAUCAGAAGACCUUGCUGACAAGGUGUUUGGUCAGGGUCGCGAAUACGUGUACAAGUACGAGGGCGAGGUGAAGUCCGGCAUCCCGCAAUCAUCCGACCGCUUCUCCGGCAUGAAGAUUGAGUGUGAGGCCCGGCUGCAGUUCAAGACAGACACGGAAGUCCUGAUGCGUCUUGAGAAGAUCCAGCUGAAGACUCUCCGCGGCGAGCUGGAGUCUCCCGAGGAGAAAACUCUCAAGAAGCUGAUGAAGAAGACUUCCCAGGAAACCACCUUCGAGAAGAAGCACCAAGACGCCUUCCGCCAGGACCACUUCUCCUCCUCCCCGGAGGAGUGGGAGAGGUCCUUGAAGACGUCCUCUUCUUCCUCCCAAGAAAGGGAGACUCCGAGCUUCGAGAAGUGGGAGCAACAGGAGACGAUCAGGAAGCAGAAGGAACAGAGGACGUCCUCCGAGGAAGCCGGCCGGCCCAGCAGCGCCCAGUCCGGAUCAUCCAGCCAGCGGAGCUCGCAGUCCGCGUCCCGGGAGGAGAGCGAGGAGGUGCCCGAGCAGCAGCUGGCGGAGCUCCGGCGGCAACUGGAGAAGGCCGUCCGCGUCACGUACGAGCAGGGCCAGGUGGUGAGCAUCCAGGCCGAGAGGGGCGAGCCGCAGUGGUCCGUCAACAUCAAGCGUGGUAUCUGCAACAUGCUCCAGAUCACUCGUAACCCCAAGAACUCCGAGCUGCUGGACAAGGACGGCCGGGCGGAGUCCAACGUCGCGUUCGAGAAGGCCCCCGAGAGGUUGUUCCGUAUCAUGGAGCAGGGCGUGAACGGCCUGUGUGAGACUCAGUACGACAUCCGGGACAGCCAGACGCAGCCUGGCGCACAGCUCGUCACCAGGACCAAGAACCUGCAGAACUGCAGACAGAAGCCGAAGGAGUGGCUCGCCCGCAUCACCGGCGGGAAGGCCAUCAAGGACCCGACGGAGGAGCACUUCCAGUCCCAUGCCCAGACGCGCAUGCGCGUUGUGACGGACCGCAGCCCUGCCGGGAAGUUCCUGAUCCAGCGCGCCGAGUCACGUGAUCAGCACGUGUUCGUGCCGUACUCCCAGCAGGGAGGCGAGGUCAUCACCUUCGCCAAGCAGAUCCUGGAGCUGGUCGAGGCCAAGACGACGAUUUCCGGGCCGAAGAUUCCCGAGCCGAGCCAGGCCGAGAACAAGGGCGACCUGAUCUUCGUCUUCGAGCCGAGGCGUCCUGAGGGGGGCAGCAGCGCGGAGAGCAGGGAGGAGAGCAGGGAGACAGAGGAGAAGGUUAAGGAGCUGUGUGAGGGCAUCGCCCGCGGCCUGAGAGAGGCCAUCACAGAGGAGACGCCCAAGAAGUUCCUCCAGCUGGUCAAGGCGCUGCGGAAGAUGUCUAAGGCUCAGCUCAAGCAGUUCUGCAUAGAGAAGAUCCCCAAGAUCAAGCAGUCUUCCCGGGAGACCAGCCAGGAGAAGGAGGAGGCCGAGGCCCGCAAACUGAUCAUCGACGCCGUGUCCAUGGUGGGCACGGAGGAGGCUCUCAAGGCGGUUGGGGAGUUGCUGCAGGAGGAGAAGAUAGCGGCGGGAGAUGCACAGUCGCUGAUAGGCGGCCUCUCCGUGUCCAUAGCCACAUGCACACCCUCUGCCACUAACAUCAUGCUGGAAAUCGCUAAGUCUAAGCAGGCGCAGCAGGACAAGAACCUCCGCAAGGUGGCGUGGCUAGCGUUCGGCACCAUGGUGCACAAACUGACCCAGACCCACCCCCAGCAGUCACCCGAGAUCGUCCAGCUCAAGAAGGAGUACGCUAACCAACUCCUUCAAGGCGUGCAGCAGGACAAGACACCAGAGGAGCAGAUGAUGUGCAUCAAGGCCAUCGGCAACGCCGGUCUGGAAGACUCCGUCGACCGUCUUGUGCAGAUCAUAAACUCCAAGACGACCCCCACCGAGAUCAGGCUGCAGGCUAUCUACGCUCUGCGCAGGAUCGCCAAGAAGCUGCCUCACAAGACCCGCAACAUCCUGUUCCCAGUGUUUAAGAACCCAGAGAACCCCGUGGAGGAGCGCGCCGCCGCCUUCGUGGUCAUGAUGGACUCAGAACCGCAAACUUCCUUCCUCGAGCUGCUCGCCCAGUCCACACAGAGGGAGACAUCCAACCAGGUUGGCAGGUUCGUGUACACAACGCUGAAGAGCUGCGCCGCGAGCAGGCUGACACGUGACCAGAGGAUGCGCAGGACCUGUGAGAAGGCGCUCAGGCUCUGCAGACCCUUCAACCUCGGCAUGCAGUACUCCGAGACAUCGGAGUGGCAGGCCAUGAGCGAAGAGAUGAGGGUGGGAGCGUCCGUUAAGAUCCAGACCAUCGCCGACAAGAGAUCCGUCCUGCCCCGCGCCGCCACGGCCAAGAUGAACGUCCAGGCUCUGGGGCUCAGCAUCAACUUCCUGGAGGCUGGGGUGCGCGCCUCCGGCCUUCAGACCAUGGUGGACUCCCUCUACCGACAGUACGCGGAUAACAAGUCCUUCAUGUACCACCUGAAGAAGAAGAGUCAGGAGACCAGCCGGGAGUACCGCGACUCCGCCAGCACAGAGAGGCAGAGGACACUUAGGAACAUAGAAGCGGAGAAGAUACAGAGCAAGCUGAACAUCAAGACCAGGGCUCCUGAGGACCCGAAGGGCCAGAUCUACCUGAAGGUCGGCGGCAACGAGCUCUACUACCACCAGUUCCGCAGCGCCCUGCUGGAGAAGUUUGUCCGCGAGGACAGCCUCUCCAUCGGCGACAUCGAGAAGCAGCUGCAGGAAGGUGUGAAGACAAGCUGGACCAAGGCCUCUCUUCUCGCUGAUAUUACCCAGCGUACCCCGACUUCCCUGGGUCUGCCGCUCAAGCUGGACCUCAAGGCCGUGGCUGUGACCAGGUCCGAUAUCGGCGGGAAGGUGACGGUGGCCCCGAGACUGUUCCGUGAGGACCGCCCGAAGGAGCUGCAGGCCAUCAGCGACGUGAACGCCGAGGUCACCAGCACACACAGCACCGCCAUGCAGAUCACAGCUAAGAUGAUGGUAGACUGCCGCGUCAUCAAGUCGGGCGUUGCCCUGGAGGUUUCCGUGAAGGGCCUCAUCCCGAUGUCCGGCAAGGCGAACUUUGACCUGAAGAACCGCGUGCACAAGCUGACCGUCGAGACGCCCGAGAAGGAGCGCGAGUUGCUGGUGGUGAAGUCUCGUCCCAUCGUCUUCACGGAGCAGAAGACGGCCCCCAAGACGGGCAGGCAGGUGAGGGACGUCCUGAAGAAGGAGAUCACCAUCCAGGGCGAGAAGAUCCAGAGGUUCCCUAGCCAGAUGAAGGUAGCGUACGGCAAGCAGGCUCUCGGGCUGGAGUUCGCGCUGAAGUCCAGCAUGGUCUCCCGCCUGAACAAGGAGACGAGCGCCCCCUACCAGCCCUUCACCGGCCCUGCAGAGCUGCGUCUGGCCGUGAGGCCUGGAGAGAACCGGCCAGAGAAGGUUGAGAUCGAGUGCGUACUUUCCUCCGAGGCGAGGUCAUCUGAGGAGAAGCCCGCUGGAGCACAGCCGCCACGCGCCAUGCGUGCUGAGGUCACGAUUAGCGCCAAACACCCGCGCCAGGACCGCACCGUGGGGAUCAAGAUGCUCAUCAAGGACGAACAGGUUGAGGUGGACCCCCGUCGCCGUGAGCUGGACUCCAGGGAGAGAAAGUACCCGCGGAAGCUCCUUGUCCGCUCUCUCCGGGAGAAGGAACCCGCUGUGUCCGCCGAGACGCAGCAGGAGCUCCGGCAGGAGGGCAGGCAGCAGACCCGCAGGACCAUCGCCAUCCAGAUCGACCGCUCCCGCAUUCCACAGCUCGAGUCCUGGGACUUUAAGAGUUGUGUGGACAUGCAGAUGGAGUUCCCCACCAACAGGGAGGUCCGGCUGAUCCAGGACGGCAUCGUGAAGGCCGUACUGGACGCCAAGUGGGGCGCCGACUGCUCCGGCAGGGGGCCUAGGGUGCAGCUGGAGGCCAAGUUCCAGAAGUCGGUGCAGCAGCGUCGCGAGGAGAGACACCAGGAGGCGACAGAGUGGGACAGCAGGGAGGGUAUCACUCAAUCCCAGGAACUGUACCUGGACUCCCUCACUAAAUCCCUCACAUCCCUGUUUCCGUGGCCGAGCAGCGACAAUGAGGAAUGGAGAGUCCGCUCCAGGGAGCAGGCGACCUCCAUGGAGCAGGCGACCUCCAGUGAGCAACAGAGCGGACAGUCCUCCAGCCGGGGGUCCUCUCAGGAGAGUAUUGAGUCCUCGGAGCAGAUCCAGUUCAAGAGGCAGAGGCGCAACCUUUACAAGCAGUGUCUGAAGGACCGUCGCGAGGGACAGCAGUACUCCCGUGCCUGCCAGGAGGCCGUCCGCCAGCGUAGCCAGCUCAGGGAGCUCGACGUCGAGAUCAACUACCAGAACCUUCCCGCUUGGCUUCAGGAGGCAUGCCUCGCCGCCCAACGCUACAUCGAGAACACCUUCUAUGGCCGCAGCUCCACCCAAGAGAUCGGCAACAAGAACGCCCCCAACCAGAUCCGCCUGCGCGCCACCCUGGACGCGGCCGAGCGGGAGAUGAACGUCUCCAUCCGUAAACCCGAGAUGACCCAGAACCUCACGCGCGUCCCGCUGGCCUGGGUGCCGCUGUGGUUCCCCUCCACCAGACAGAGCAUCGCCGAACAGGCUAUGGACACUGCCACCAAGUACAUGUACACACCGUUCUGCAAGGUCCAGGCCAACGACAAGAUCCGUACCUUCGACGAUGUGGAGUACAAGUACAAGGUCGGCAAGUGCGACCACAUCCUGGCCAAGGACGCCUCUCCCGAGGAGAAGUUUAUGGUCCUCGUGAACAAACCUGAGGCACAGCGGCCAGAGAAAACUGUCAAGGUCUUUCUCAAGAGCACAAAGAUUGAGAUGAGAGUUCCUCGCGGCGCCUCAAGCCAGGAGCAGAGCAAGGAGUCAAUCUCACAGGAUACCAUCAUCCAGGAGAGCCAGAAGAGCAAGGAGGAGACCCAGGGAUGGAGGCAGAGCCAGGAGGGCCAACAGAGCAGGAAGUCUCAGGAGAAGGGCAUCAGCCAGCAGACCAGCUCCGAGGGGUCUGCCAGCAAGUCCAAGUCCUUCGAGUGGUCCAGCAGCGAGGAAAAUCUGCACAGGCACACACCUAUUGAGGUGACCAUCGACGGCCGCCAAGUUCAGGUUCAGCCAGGAGAGGCCAAGAAGAUUCGUCACCAGGUCACUGGCAAGGUCAUGUGCACUCUGUAUUGCCAUGGCAACGGCAUCGAGCUGAAGUCACCCCAGCACGGCCUGCACGUCAAGGUCGACGGACACAACGUCGAGGUUAAGGUGUCUCACGACUACCGCAAGAAGCUGGUUGGUCUGUGCGGCAACUUUGACGGGGAGCAGUCUAAUGAGUACGAGGGACCUCGCGAGGAGAUCUACAAGUCUCCCAAGGAGUUCGCUCUGUCUUACCUGAUCCCCAGCAGCCAGUGCGAGGGGGAGGGAAAGAAGCAGCCUGUGAUGCGUAACAUCAUGAUCACCCGUCUGAACCAGAAAAACGAGGAGCAGGCUUGCUUCUCAAAGACACCGGUGGCACAGUGCCCCGAGGGCUCCAGGAAGACCAAGUCUGAGGUGCGCUCCACGGAGUUCCACUGCCUGCCCAAGGAGCUGCAGAGCACCCAGAAGAUGAUCAAGAUGCACAAGACGAAGCCUCUGGGAGACAAGCUGCAGGCGAAGAGCACCGAUCUGGUGCAGGAUGUGGAGGCUGAGCUGGAGUGCCGCGAGUAACCACGGCAACGGUAACCGCGGCAACGGGUAACCAUGGCAACGGGUAACCAUGGUGACCAUCUGGCUAGCCAUAAUCAGUCUUCACGUGUUAGAUUUCUGGAGAUGCUUUGUGUAUAUUUUGAACUAUGCCACAGCAAUAUGAAAAAAUAGGAGAUAGUCGAUCGUUUUUCUAAUGUUUUCUUUCUCGUGUUGGAUGCAACAUAUUGAUGUCACCUUGUUGUUUUGUCUGUUACAAUUUCUGUGAGCCGUUAAAUUCCAAAGUCAUUAAACUGCACAGCCCAAGCACUGAAA